AUGAGUAUAGCCAUGACUGCUGAGCCUAAGAAACGAAUAAAUUACUUCUACGAUGACCUAGUGAGCGACUUUAACCUUCGUAAAGCGCACGUAAUGAAGCCACUACGAGUUAGAAUGACUCACUCACUUGUAACGAGUUAUGGAUUGAAUAAGAAGAUGGAAAUCUAUGUAUCCAAUAGAGCGAAACCUGGUUCCAUAGACGAGUUGACACAAUUUCAUACAGAUGACUAUAUAAACUUCUUGGCUAGAGUGACUCCGGAGAAUAAGGAUGAGUUUGAAGCAGAACGAAUAAGAUAUUGCGUUGGAGAAGAUUGUCCAAUAUUCGAUGGGAUGCUCGAACACGGUCAAAGAUCAGCUGGAGGGUCACUCGAGGGUGCUGCUAGACUCAAUUAUGGCUUAUGUGACAUAGCUAUUAAUUGGGCGGGCGGAUUACAUCAUGCUAAGAAGCAAGAAGCGAGUGGAUUUUGUUAUGUCAAUGACAUUGUCAUAGCUAUACUUGAGCUUUUAAGAGUUCACGAGCGAGUGCUGUACAUAGACAUUGAUGUGCAUCAUGGUGAUGGCGUUGAAGAAGCAUUCUAUACAACAGAUAGAGUAAUGACACUUAGCUUCCAUAAUUAUGGAAACUUUUUCCCUGGUACUGGGGAUAUAGGAGAUAUUGGUGUUGGAAAGGGGAAAUAUUACGCCGUUAAUUUCCCACUAAGAGAGGGAAUAGACGAUACAUCAUAUCAGACUAUAUUUCGACCUGUAGUUACGCAUGUUGUAGAAUGGUAUAAGCCAUCUGUUAUCGUGCUUCAGUGUGGAGCAGAUUCUCUGGCCGGCGAUCGGUUGGGAGCAUUCAAUUUAUCUUCGAUAGGUCAUGGAGAAUGCGUACAAUUUGUAAAAACAUUCAAUAUCCCAAUGUUAGUAUUGGGUGGCGGAGGAUAUACAGUACGCAAUGUACCACGUGUAUGGGCAUACGAAACAGGAAUAAUUGUAGGAGAGCGAAUGAACGAAGAGAUUCCUCGCACUUGUAAAUAUUAUCACUAUUUCCAACCCGAUUAUAAGUUAAUAGUCCCGCAUUGUAAUAUGGAAAAUCUAAACACACCCGAAUUCUUGAACAAGACAAAAACCAAAAUAUACGAACAUCUCGCACGCUCGCGACAUGUCCCAAGCGUGCAAAUGCAGGACGUUCCACCUAGUUUCCUUGGUCGAAAAGACGUGGAUGACAUGGAAGAAGAUGACAAUCCGGAUAUACGGAAUCCUCAAAGGCUACGCGAUAAGCGUAUCGUACCAGAUAACGAAUUCGAAGAAACAGACGAUGACGACGAAACUCCAUACGAUCCACGCGAACGAAUAAAAUACGUUCACACCGUUUUAAUAUUUUCUGCCAAUCCCUUAAAGGAUCUCAUAAUGCUCGUUCGGGAUACCAUCAAAUAUCGUACGGGCGGCCCUUGCUGGAUUUCCCACACUUACGAACGUCCUCCUGCCAAGUCGAUUCUUGAUUUUCGGACCAGAAGUUGCAUGGGGCAAGCCUGGAUUGUAGAGCGUUUCGAGUAA